ACAGAUCUCCCAAACUCUUUGGAUAUCUCCCAAUUCAAAUCAUUGUACUCCUUUCUCUUUAUCUAUGGAGGAUAGGAAUCUAGAGUUAUGGAAUGCCCCCCAUCUCCUCGCUGACACUUUUCCCCCACAACACAGCUCCAACGAUGCUGAAGAACCUAAAUUAACGAGGUCGGAAAGUCUAACAAUGGCAGAUCCAGACUCUUCCUAUAAGAGAGAUGAUGAUUCUUCCUGGAAAAAUCACAGCUUAGAUGCAAUUAGUAUGCAAAAUUUCAGUGACCCAGUUGGGAUUAAGAAAGUUGAUGGUCGGUCCAUGUUGGGAUUUUCUCUAACAUCUCCUGACCUGGUUAUAUGUGCUGGUUCUCCGGAUAUUCCAACGGAAAGAUAUGGGUCCUCCCCUGAAAUCUUGGAGAAGAACAGGUGUUCGAUUGAACUCUCCUUGGAAAAUGGCAUCGAUAAAUCCAGUACUAAAUACACCCACAAGACACCCUCUGUAAAGUUCUCAACGGUGUGCCAAACUUACGAGAAAGAAUUGUCCCCGGAAUCUUCCUUUGAGCUACUUCCUCCAACGCCUGCAAUGCAAGAUGAUUUACAGAAGCAACGCUUUCCAGUCAUAAGCAUCAAUGCAGGCUCCACAAAUGAGGCAGCGGCAUUGGAUGGCGUAAAUUUUUUGGAAGACAAUUGUUUUUCUGGUGGUGAUGUUACAUGGACUGACACCAUAAUUGGAGAUGGAAAGGGCCUUUCUUUGUACAAAACUGCGAGAUAUGGAAAUUUUUCAUACAUGUUCUCAUCAUUGCAGUCUGGUGGUUAUAUUGUUGAUUUGCACUUUGCAGAAAUUAUGUUCACUCUUGGUCCACCUGGGAUUAGAGUAUUUGAUGUCUUCAUACAAGAAGACAAGGUUGUGUCGAGCUUAGACAUAUAUGGCCAGGUAGGCGCAAAUAAACCUCUGGUGGUAUCUGGCAUCAAAACUUUUGUCAAUGGUGACGAGGGCUUAUUCAUUAGAUUUGAAGGAAUUAUUGGGAGUCCAAUUGUUUGUGGCAUUUCUGUGAGGAAAGAUGAUUUUGCUAAUUUCAAAGAAGCUGCUGACCAACUGGAAGUUAGGGGAAUCACUGAAGUUGCAGAAGACAACUUGGCAAGAGAUAUUGAUGAGGGUGAGGUGAAAGGGGAAUAUCAAAUGUUCCCAAAGGAUCAUGAGAGUCAGAAGAAGGAAUUAAUAGAGCUGAGGAGGGCCAUGGAGGAGCUUAAAAGGGAGAAUCAACUUAAAAACAAAGAGUGCCAAGAAGCUUGGAAAUCUCUAAAGGAGCUUCAGAAUGAGCUUAUGCGUAAAUCUAUGCAUGUUGGUUCUUUGGCCUUUGCAAUUGAGGGACAAGUGAAAGAGAAGGGCAGAUGGUUUUCAUCAUUGAGGGACAUGACAAGAAAAUUGAAGAUAAUGAAAAUGGAACACAUCAAGCUGUCAAAAGAGGCCUCAGUGUUAAGGAACUGCCUUGGAGAUAUUAACAAAAUCAGUGAAACAAUUCAGUCCAGAAUAAACCAGCAUGUGGAUAUUAAUGAAGAGCUCAAGAUUAAAUUUAUCAAAGGGGCCAAAGAACGGAAAGAACUCUACAACAAGGUUUUAGAGCUGAAAGGAAACAUAAGAGUCUUUUGCAGGUGUAGACCUCUGAAUAAUGAAGAAGUUGCAGCAGGAGCUUCGUUGGCUAUUGAUUUUGAAUCUGCCAAAGAUGGUGAGCUCACUGUAAUGUCAAAUGGAGCUCCUAAGAAAACCUUUAAGUUCGAUGCUGUUUUUGGCCCUGAAGCUGACCAAGUUGAUGUGUUUGAAGAGACCGCUCCACUUGCUACCUCAGUCUUAGAUGGGUACAAUGUCUGCAUAUUUGCAUAUGGGCAGACAGGGACUGGGAAGACUUUUACAAUGGAAGGUAUAGAAGAAGCUCGUGGAGUAAACUUUAGGACCCUGGAGAAGCUGUUCCAAAUAAUUAAUGAAAGACAGAAGCUAUUUCAAUAUGAUAUAUCUGUGAGUGUAUUAGAAGUCUACAACGAGCAAAUAAGAGAUUUGCUGGUGUAUGGCACCCAGCCAGGUUUGGCUGCAAGAAGACUUGAGGUAAGGCAAGCAGGUGAAGGAAUGCAUCAUGUGCCAGGACUGGUUGAAGCACAUAUAAGCAACAUGAAUGAGGUUUGGGAAGUUCUGCAAACUGGAAGUAAUGCAAGGGCUGUUGGCUCAACCUAUGCUAACGAGCACAGUAGCCGGUCCCACUGCAUACACUGUGUGAUGGUUAAGGGGGAGAAUUUGCUGAGUGGAGAAUGUACAAAGAGCAAGCUGUGGCUGGUGGACCUAGCUGGAAGUGAACGUGUAGCAAAGACAGAAGUGCAAGGCGAACGUCUCAAGGAAACUCAAAAUAUCAAUAGAUCUCUGUCAGCGCUUGGUGACGUCAUAUCUGCUCUUGGAACUAAAAGCCCUCACAUUCCAUUUAGGAAUUCAAAGCUUACUCACUUGCUCCAGGACUCUCUAGGUGGAGAUUCAAAGACACUCAUGUUUGUACAGAUCAGUCCUAAUGAGAAUGAUCUUGGUGAGACCUUAUGCUCACUUAACUUUGCCAGUAGAGUUAGAGGAAUAGAAUUGGGUCCUGCAAAGAGGCAGUUGGACAACACAGAAUUCCUAAGAUACAAACAGAUGGUUGAGAAAUCAAAGCAAGACAUGAAGAUCAAAGAUAUGCAAAUGAAGAUGAUGGAAGAAACGAUUCGUGGAUCAGAUUUGAAGAUAAAAGAAAGAGACCUCAAAAAUAAGAAUUUGCAAGACAAGGUGAAGGAACUGGAAGCACAGCUACUUAUUGAAAGGAAGCUAGCACGUCAGCAUGUUGAUACAAAGAUAGCUGAGCAACAGGUUAAACAACAGCAAGAAGUGUUGAAUAAUACACCUAUGAGACCUCCAUUGGCAGCUCGAACUUUGGGAACUAUCAAGAAUUUGAAUGAUGCAGCUAGUGGUGGACUGAUGAAAGAGCAAGUAAAUCUCUUUCGACCAUUGAUUGAGAAUAGCUCCAAACCCCUCACACCCCUUCCCUUCACAGACAGAUUUGAUCUACUAGAAAAGGAAAACAAUCCAGAUAUGGCUGAAAACCUGCAACUACCAAAAAGGACAGGAAGAGCCUCAAUCUGUGCAGGUGCAAGCAGGAUACCUGUUAUCUCAGCUCCAAGGCGCAACUCUCUAAUUCCACUACCAAGUGCACCUAACUCAACCCAACCAUCACGACCAUUAUUGCCAUUGCCACCAAUCGAAGCAAACAUAGAGGAGGAAGAAGACGAGUUCUUCCCUGAGCAAACUGUCUUUAAUAGUCCCAAGGCAAUGAAGAGUGGAAGUAAGAAGUUGAACAGCAUUUUGAGACGAAGCCUUCAUAAGAAAAUCCAGAUGAAGUCCCCAAUGCAGCAACAUUUGAGAAGAGGUGUAAAUGUGGGGAUGGAGAAGGUAAGAGUCUCCAUUGGAAGCCGUGGGAGGAUGGGGCACAAAGUACUGCUGGGCAAUGGGAGAAAAGGAGGAACAAAGGAAAACUAUCAGAAGCUUACUCAGAGAGAAAAGGAGAGAGGAUGGAACAUUGGAACCUCCGGGAGGACUGCAAUCUAACAUCUAGAUAAAGAUGUGUUUUAUUUAUUUUGUAAUUUGUGUUAUGUUAUUGCAGAGAGCUGAAAGUUAGUGUGUGAAUGAUCUCAGUUGAUACUAAUCAUCUGUUUAGGUUAUUGUAACUUUGUAAUCUGUGAUGGAUUGAUGUACAUAUUCAAGAAGCAUUGACUUCUUGGAGAACACUGGAAACUACGAACAGAGGAGCUUUCUUUCCGUUAGUUGUUAAAACA